GCACUGGUUUACCAUGCAUGCUAGCCUGUUAGCUAGCUCAGUUGUCUGAAAGAGUUUGAAUGAAGCAAGAGUGUUAGGUGUUGUUGUUUUUUUUACCUAGUAGUUUUUGUUUGUAUGUGUUUAAGUGCAGGUAAUCGGUUCCGACAUAAUGUUUAUAACGAGGUCGUUCCUGAAAUUCGUGGUGUUUGUGGGAGUGUUGGUGUUAGUCCUACAGUAUGUACAGUACUGGUUAGCCAGUAAACAGUAUGUGUUUACGAAAGAGGACGUCGCCAAACUGGCCAAACAGUACGCAGGUCAGGAUCCUGAGCAAGCCUUCUCUAAAGUUGUGGUGGAGUUGCGGAAGCGCUACUCGGGCCACAUCCUGCCUGACGAGGAUCUGCAGUGGGUGUUUGUAAAUGCCGGGGGUUGGAUGGGCUCCAUGUGUUUGCUCCACGCCUCCCUCACCGAGUACGUGCUGCUAUUCGGGACCGCCGUGGACACAAGCGGACACUCAGGGCGUUAUUGGGCUGAGAUAUCGGACACCAUUAUUUCUGGGACUUUCCGGCAAUGGAAAGAAGGAACUACUAAAAGUGAGACUUACUACCCAGGGGACACGAUCGUGCACUCGGUGGGCGAGGCGACCUCGGUGCAGUGGACCUCUGGGACCUGGAUGGUGGAAUACGGCAGAGGAUUUAUUCCAUCCACGCUGGGUUUUGCACUAGCAGACACAAUCUUCAGCACACAGGACUUUGUAACGCUUUUUUACACCUUUCGUGUAUACAUGAAGUGUCUGCUCCUGGAGGCCAACACUUUCCUGACUGAAGCAGGCGUCUUCUAAAGCCUGGAGUGAUCUUCGUGUUGCGUUGUACUACUGUACUUCAGUGGUAUCCUGUAACAGACUGAGCUUAUGGUUCGGACUUUCUCAGGCAAAUACUAACAGAGAAAAGUGAGAUGCUUCUUAUAACAUAGGUGACAUCUAGAGUAUUUGAUUAUCCUAUUGUGAGGAAAAAAGUCUUAAUUGUUAUUCAUUGUAUGUUAAAAAAAACAUGAAAUGUCCAGUUCAUUACUUGCAAUACCUCAAUGAGCACUUUAGACUGUGAAGAUCUUAUACAUAGGUGUUGCUGUCACCAGAAUGAUGUGUUAAUUGUUUACUGCAAAUCAUUUCUGUCCAGCUUUCCUCCACAAUAAAACUUUGUUCCAUUC